AUGGUGGACCCGGCGAACUCGGAUGCCGGCGAUGAGGUUCGGGCACGGUGGCUCGACGGCGGCAGAAGCUCUCGCACGGCGGUGCUAAGCCGGGCUCAUGACUCGUGGGCGACACUAAACAUGGAAGAUGAAGUGAAUGCCAAUGGGGUGAAUGAGAGGGACCUUCUCCCGACGCGACAACGCCCGCCACUGCUCGACGGAAUGCCUCCUAAGAGGAAGCGCAAGAGUGCGCCUCCGGUGAUCGCCGUCGACCGUAUCAGCAACCUCCCCGACCAUAUGCUCCAGCACGUGAUCUCCUUCCUCCCAGCUCAGGCGGCCGUGCGGACUUGCAUGCUCGCCAGACGCUGGCGCCACCUCUGGAGGUCCACAUCUGGCCUGCGCAUCGUUGGCCUUCACGAUAAGUGUUACUACUAUGCCGACGUCCAGGAACUCCGCAAGUUCGUGGACCAUCUUCUGCUCCUGCGUGAGCGCACCGACCUAGACACCGUUGAGAUCAAAUUCGGCGAAUUCUCACAAGAUGACAGGCCCUAUCUGAACCUGUGGAUCCGUUUCGUCGUGAUGUCCAAAGUUCGUGCCCUCACCGUUCAUCUCGAUGGCUCCCUCUUUCUCUACCUAGACCCUCUCGUCUCUCAGCAUCUGAGAACGUUAGACCUUGAAGGUGUGGGCCUAGAAGAAAGCGUUCUUGAUUUUGCUAGCUGUACAGCAUUGGAGGAUCUGAAGAUGUGUCGCUGCGACAUCAAUGCUGGCAGGAUAGCUUCCCGUUCCCUGAAGCAUUUGAGUAUCUUUGGCUGCCGCUCCGACUUGGAUUGCCGGAUCCAUGUUUCUACUCCGGGUCUUGUCUCUCUGAACCUAGCUGAUUUUGCGGGUAAAACACCGUUUCUCGGAAACAUGGCGUUGCUAGAGAGAGCACGUGUCGAUCUUAGCGACAACUGCGAAGAUGACUGUUUGAAUUAUGACUCUGGAGCUUUAUGUGGAGCUAAUGAUAAUGCAUGUGCGGUUUGCCUUGAUAAUAAUGACGGAAGAAGUGAUUGUGUUAUUCUGGGUGGUAUCUCAAAUGCUAAACACCUCGAAUUGCUAUCUGAAGGUGGAAAUGCCACUUUCAUAAGAGAUUUGAAGCACUGCCCUACAUUUAGCAAGUUAAAGACUUUGUUGCUCAAUGAAUACUGGUGCGAGGCUCCUGGUUUGGAUCCACUAGCUUGUAUUCUGAAAAACUCACCAGCUCUAGAGAAGCUCAGUCUUCAUCUUUUUUCAUGGGGACCAAGUCAUAAAGUGGAAAUAAAAGGAAGCUACGGUCGAGUGGAGGAAGCGACUGCAAUAUCAGAGCACCUUAACAUAGUUGAAGUCAAGUGUAAUGUGGUGGACGAGAAGGUUCUCAAAGUUUUGAAGUUCCUGUGUUCAUUUAACAUAAAAACAGUUAGUGUAAUAAAAGUUGUGGACAUGUCAAUUAGUUCUACUCUUGUGAGCACUAGCACAAAUUUCUGA